GGAGAUCUUCCACGACUCAAUCAAGACAGAUCCAAUUCCAUGGUCUCGCAAGUUCGAGCUCACGCUGCAGCUCCACAACGUCAAGGAAAACAAGCACCACGCUUACUUGUACUCUCGCUCAGGGGCGCGUGUCAGGCGUGGUUGGACAACUUGUUGUCCACGUACGGAGUGGUAGCAGCGGACUUGCACACCAUGAUCAACUGGGAUGAUCUGAAGGCGGCGUGGCACAAGCGGUUCCAGGUGGAGCCGCCAGAGAUCAAAGUCAUGGACAAGCUUAUGGUCUUCGAGCAAGGCUCGCUGCCAAGUACGGACUGGAUCGCCGAGUACCAACGCUUGACGUCAGUCCCAAACAUCCAGAUGGGCUUCAAGGCCAUCCGCCACUAUUUCAUCUCAAGGUCAUGUCCGGCAUUGAGCAAUGCCCUGACGCAUGUCGAGGACACCUUCACGACGACGGCGGAAUUAUUCGACAAGGCUGCGCAGAUCAUCGUUACGAACAAGGAGGCCAAGAACCUCCGUUCAUCUGCGGCAGGCCCGAGCGGGAACCAGCAUCGGCCACGAGUGGCCGUGGUCGCAGCGGCAGCGCCGUUAGACCAAUCCAGCGAGGUUGUGUCUGCCAAUGAAGGAGACAGAUUUGCAGCCGCCCGGGAAGGUGGCCGCCCCGGCAGAGGCCGAGCCAAAUCAUUUCGGGCAACUUGUGCUUACGAGCAGCCCGAGGAGAUUGACAUAUGUUUCCUACGGACCGUCGCGGUGGCCGACUCUUCACCCACGGACUUGUCUUCGGACCCCCGUGUGGUACGGUUGCUGGACGAGUUCGCCGACAUCUUCGAGUCACCUACCGGUGUGGUGCCGGGUCGGCCGAUCUCUCACGAGAUCAUUCUUGAGGCCGGUGCCRUGCCGCCGAAAGGUUGCAUCUAUUGGAUGAGCGAGGAGAAGCUUGAGGUACUCCGCGCACAACUCGAUGAUUUGUUGGCCAAGGGCUGGAUCCGCCCGAGUAGCUCCUCAUAUGGAGCACCAGUUCUCUUCGUCAGGAAGAAGAACAAGGAUCUACGAUUGUGYAUCGACUACCGCAAGCUCAACACGCAAACCGUCAAGAAUGCGGGGCCUCUUCCUCGCAUCGACGAUCUUCUCGAGCGGCUGGGCGGUGCGAAGUAUUUUUCCAAGCUCGAUUUGAAAUCAGGAUAUCAUCAAAUCUCGAUUCAACCGAAUGAUUGGUACAAAACCGCACUCAAGACGCAGUACGGGCAUUUUGAGUGGGUGGUCAUGCCUUUUGGCCUCACCAACGCCCCAACGACAUUCCAGGCGGCGAUGACCAACGAGUUCCGUGCAAUGUUGGACCAGUUCGUGCGGGUCUACUUAGACGAUAUUCUCGUCUACAGCCGGACAUUGGAGGAUCAUCUUGGACAUCUUCGACAAGUGUUGGAGACGCUUCGCCGUGCCAAGUACAAGGCCAACCGCGACAAGUGCGAAUUUGUCCGGCAGGAGCUGGAAUACUUGGGCCAUUUUGUCACACCGGAGGGCAUCAGUCCGUUAUCGGACAAGAUUCAGGCCGUCCAAGAGUGGCCGGAGCCUCGGAACGUCACGGAUGUUCGCUCGUUCCUCGGUCUUACCGGGUACUAUCAGCGCUUCAUCAAAGGCUACUCCAAGAUCGCGGCCCACUUGAACAAGCUUCAGUGCGAGGAUCGGCCGUUUGACUUUGGAGAGGAGGCGCGGGGAUCAUUCCUCGCUCUCAAAGCCGCGCUAUUGUCUGCGGAGGUCUUGCGGAUAUACGACCCGCUCGCGCCUACACGUGUCACUACGGAUGCGUCAGGCUAUGGCAUUGGUGCAGUCCUCGAGCAACAUGAUGGUGUGAACUGGCACCCGGUCGAGUACUUCAGCAAGAAAGUGCCACUCGUGCAUUCCAUUGACGAUGCACACAAGAAGGAGCUCCUCGCCUUCGUCCACGUGCUCAAGCGGUGGCGGCACUUCCUCCUUGGUCGAAGCCAAUUUCGCUGGGUGACGGACAACAAUCCGUUGGUCUUCUACAAGACCCAAGACACCGUCAACAGCACCAUCGCUCGAUGGAUGGCUUUCAUCGACCAGUUCGACUUCUUUCCCGAUCACAUUCCCGGGAAGUCGAACCAUUUUGCGGAUGCUCUUUCACGGCGUCCGGAUCAUUGUACCGCGGUCUACUCAACCUUCGAGAUCGAUGACGACCUGCGGAACAGUUUCAUCCGCGGCUACCAAGCCGACCCCGAGUUUCGCGACGAGUACGCAAAUUGCUCCUCUCCUACUCCGGCUCCUUCUCACUACCGGAUCCAAGAGGGGUACUUGCUUGUCCACAUGCGGGGGAAGGACCUUCUUUGCGUACCAAGUGAUCCUCACUUGCGUACACGGCUUCUUGGCGAGUUCCACGAUGCUCCCGCCACCAGACACUUUGGAGUCAAUCGCACGAUUGGUCGACUUCGCCAGCGAUUUUGGUGGCCCGGCCUUCUCGGUGACGUCACGCGCUAUUGCGAGUCAUGCGAGAUCGAGGCCACAACGGCAUGCUGGGCAAGUAAUGAGGGGGUGGGGGGAAUGAGCACAAGACAAGGGAUCACAGUUUUCGUGGGAGAGGCUGGUAGCAACCAUCCCUUCAUACUGUUCGGAGCAGAGGCAACACGAGAUCACACCAAAUGAGUGAGAACAGAACACCGAAGUCAAUCGAUAAUGAAAGCCCUCUUCCUGC